UCAAGUGUGUGUUCAAUCACUGUUCGAGGUGUGCGCCACGUGUUCCCGCGACAUUGCGCAAACAGAGAGAGGGAAAACCCACUGAGAGAGGGAGAGAGAAAUGCCAGCUGUGCUUAAAUUCUAUCCGUGGCAGUGGCCGCAAAUAGCAAUUAGUCGGGAGUAUCGUGUCAACUGGCUGCGCGAACGUAUGGAGUGAGAGCACCGGGAAGUCAUCAUCUAAAAGAGGAUCCGUUCGCGCAAUCAUGGACGAUCGACAGAACAGCCGUGAAGUGGUCACCAUAUUGUUCCUCUGUCUGCUCUGGUACGGAAUCUCGAGCAGCAGCAACGUCGUCGGCAAGAUGCUGCUGUCGGAAUUUCCCUACCCGAUGACAGUGACCAUGGUCCAGUUAACAUCGAUCACCGUUUACUCAGGCCCGUUCUUUAAUCUGUGGGGCGUGAGGAAGUAUUCCAGUGACAUCCCCUGGGGAUACUAUCUGCGGCUGAUCGUGCCGCUCGCCUUUGGCAAGUUCCUCGCGAACGUGUUCAGCCACGUCAGCAUUUGGAAAGUGCCCGUCUCGUACGCUCAUACUGUAAAGGCUACAAUGCCGUUCUUCACGGUGUUCCUGUCAAGAAUCAUAUUGAAGGAAAAGCAGACUUGGAAAGUGUAUCUUAGUCUAGUCCCGAUUGUGGUGGGUGUGGCUGUAGCCACCCUUACAGAACUCAGUUUCAAUAUGAUCGGCUUGUUGAGUGCCUUAGCAUCUACCAUGGCAUUCUCGUUGCAGAACAUUUACUCAAAGAAGGUGCUUCACGACACUGGGAUACAUCAUCUGAGGCUUCUGUUCAUCUUAGGCCGUCUGGCGCUAAUAUUAUUUUCUCCUAUAUGGCUAUUGUACGAUCUGAGGAGAUUAAUAUACGAUCCAGUUACUGGUGAAUCAGCCGACUUAAAUUACUACAUAAUAGGUCUAUUAUUCCUGGAUGGUGUGUUGAACUGGUUUCAAAACAUUAUCGCGUUCUCCGUACUGUCUAUUGUUACCCCUUUAACUUAUGCAGUGGCUAGCGCAAGCAAACGUAUAUUCGUAAUCGCGGUAACAUUGUUGGUGCUUGGAAAUCCAGUGACAUGGUUGAACAUAUUCGGCAUGACAUUGGCCAUUCUUGGUGUGUUGUACUACAAUAAGGCGAAGUACGAUCAGAGAAUGGAGAAAGAAAGUCUUCCGAAGUAUUACGAUAAAAACGGUAGCAGUAGUUCCUUUGUGGUAAACGGAUGGACUGGAACAAAGCAGCAGUUGCUUGCAGUCUAGUCUUUUUUUAACUCGUUUUACACUUGACAAAUUCAUAUGAGUUUUUUCUGUUGUUACAUAGUAUUUCAGUCAUAGUGAUUGGGGAAGUCAUAAGAGGGAAUGGAUGUAGCAUUCCAACAAAAACGAUCGCAGAUCAAAACUCAUAUGAUGAUACAAAUAUUUAUGUACAUGUAUACAUACAUUUUAUUAGUAUUAUUAUUCUGCGCAAAAGGUGUAAUUCAUCAAAUUUGAUUAUUUUUAUCUUUGUUUGGUUUAGACACAAUUUUAAUACGAUGCUUCUCACAGGCAGAGUAGACUUGCUGGCAAGAUGGGACUAUAUAAUUCGCGAAAUCAUUAGCGUUCAGUGCUAAUUGCUGGGUCAAUUAGCCUCUAAAAUCAAUUACAUUCCCCCGUCGCGAUAACAAUGGCGAAUAGAUAGAAAUCGGAUAUUUCAAUUGUACUCAAUCGAUAUUGAGCAAUGUAUACAUAGUAUUGAUUAGGUUUUGAGUUAAAUACCUUCGUCCAGUUACUAGCUCGGAUAUUGCGAUUCAAUUUCAUCAGCUCUUUAGGUUGUUACAACAAUUUAACCCUCUAUGAAAAUUCAUUUUAAUAAUACUCUCUAGACUUUCGCUUGUAAAGAAUAUUGCCACUAUAAUAAUAUUUUUUUCGUAUAUAUAUAUAUACAUACUGUAUAUACUAAUUUAUAAAGUUUGAAAGUAUAAUUGACGGAACGAAUAGAGUAAGGUUUGAAAGAUGACAAGAUCAGGACUGAUCCUUUCUAGGUUUUAAUUUAAUUAAAUUACAUUCACUAAACUCAGUCGUAGAUGUCGAGUGCCUUAUUAUAUUAAUUCCAGCAAUUAUACCAUCCUCUAGGACUCUAAUUCGUAGAGGGUUAAACAAGUGUCACUUGACGAUUUUCAAGAGUGUGUUCAAGUAUGGUGUGCGUGAAUUGUAUGCAGGAGAAGAUGUUCUAGCUGAAAGCAAUCUAUACAUUUAUUUUUAUAAAUAAAAUACAGGUGUGUACAAAAAUA